GUGCCGGUGUGAAGUACCCGGAGGAGACGCCCACUUUCGCAAAAAGCGAGCUUGUAGAGAGAGUUGCUGUUGGAGUUGCUGCUUGUUUUUGUUCUUUUGCCAACAAUUAUCCAGCCAAUUUGUACUCUGACUCUGCAUAAUAGUCAACCAUGAACGUGAUCCAGCGCCAAUUACGCCUUCUGGUUCAGCCAUUAAAUCAGAAUUAUCAGAACGUGCGGUAUUUCUGGAGAUACCCUAAGUUCAAGAGAGGAAAUGGCGAGGAUCGCAGGGUGCCUAAAGAACCUGACGAAAGAGCACCUUACGUACAACAUUAUGGUUUCAAUUAUUAUCCCAGACCUAAUGAGGUAGAAAUUCCAUAUACACCAAGUAAAUUGCUGAUGGUUCAAAGGGUUGCACGUUGGUCCGGUAACCCUAAAUGGGAUAAAAAAAUUCUAAAGGAUUUGGGACUCAACAAAAAUAUGGGUGAGGUUGUGCUUGUGAAGAAUACACCUCAGAUGAACAAACUGCUUUAUCAAGUCAAACACCUUAUUAAAAUAAAGCCAGUCGUUUUCCCUAAUGGUGAACCUACAGCAGACGAUGUCAAGGUCUUGGGAGCUACGGUGCUUAAUGAAUACGGAGAAAUGGAGGUCCGAAAAUCUCUCAAGCCACCAACACUUAGUUUGCCACCUCCCGAAAUAUCAGAAGCACCUCCAAAGUCUGCCAAAGAAUUGGGGACUCCAAGCGACGAAACGAUGAGGAGGCAUUUACGCAUGAAGUGGCUCACAGGCAUGGACAAUAGUGGUUUUGUUUAAUGUUCGAAGGGGAUUUUGUGAGAUAAUAUAUAAGAGUAGUUGUUCGAUCUACAAAGUAAUUGUCAGUAGAUAUUUAAAAAUAUACAAAAUAAAAGUUUUGCCUUUAGGCAGGUUAAAUCACAU